UGUCAUCAAGAAGGGACGCAAAGUAAAGUCGGCGUGCGCCUUACGUGGAGCCAGCAGACUUUUACAAGUAUCGUAUCAUUCAGAGAGAGAAGGCAAGAAGAAGCAGCUGCCAUUUGCUGUAACACAAAAAUGGAUGUGAAAGAGGAGACCUGUGAGGCUGACAUAAAAGCCAUGCAGGUAAUUGCUGUAAAUAUUAAGGAGGAGGACAACUGUGAAGGGGAAUCUUUCCACCCUAACCAGGAGAGUCUCUGCCUUAAGGAUGAAAGUUAUGAAGUGGUAAAUGUGGGGAUUAAAGAAGAGGCAGAGGAGACGACUGUCAACAUCGAGAUGCACCAACAUAAAAUUGUGAAGUGUGGUGACCCCGAGGUGACGACUGAAUCAUUACAGCCUGACGUAAAGACAACCGAGGAAAUGCGGCUUGUUAACACUCUGGAAGAUCAUCCACCACCUACAAAUCAGUCUGGAGAACGAAACAGACCUCACUGUUGCUCUGAAUGUGGCAAACAAUUUCUUCACAAGCGCUCUCUCCGCACACACAAAAGAAUUCACACUGGAGUAAAUCUACAUUGCUGUUCAGAAUGUGGUAAAAAGUUCUUACGUGCCUCCCGUUUUCAGAACCACAAAAGAAUACACACAGGGGAGAAGCCAUAUUGCUGUUCAGAAUGUGGCAAAAAAUUCUCACUUGUGACCAGUUUUCAGAGCCACAAAAGAAUGCACGCAGGAGAGAAUCCAUAUUGCUGUACGGAAUGUGGUAAGCAGUUCUUUGACAAGAGUACCCUGCGGAAACACACAAAAAUUCACUCGGGAGAAAAGCGGUAUUGCUGUGCAGAAUGUGGCAAACAGUUUUGUCACUGGAGUGGUUUUCAGCGCCACAAAAGAAUUCACACUGGAGAGAAGCCAUAUUGCUGUUCAGAGUGUAGUAAACAAUUCUAUGACAGCAGCACCCUGCAGAAACACGCUAGAAUUCACACAGGACAAUAUCCAUAUUGCUGCUUGGAAUGUGGCCAGCAAUUCUAUGACCAGAGCAAUCUGAGGCGUCACAAAAGAAUUCACACUGGAGAGAAGCCAUAUUGCUGUUCUGAAUGUGGCAAAAAAUUCUCUGAUAAGAGGGGUCUUCGGGAGCACAAUAGAGUUCACACUGGAGAGAAGCCAUAUGGCUGUAAGGAAUGUGACAAACAAUUCCGUAACAGAAGUGGUCUUAAGAAACACGCUAGAAUGCACACAAGAUAAUUUGGUGAGACAGAAGUCCUAUUGCUGUUCAGUAUGUGGCAAACAAUUUUGUGACAGGAGCAAUCUUCAGAGCCACACUAGAAUACACACGAGAGAAGAAUGCAAGUACUAGGCUGAGCCCUGGCAGCAAACCUGAGAGAAUAAAAAAUAGUAGCAGUGCGAACUUCACUCUAGAAAAACAACAACACUUCAGAACUCGAGUGAGGUUCACUUCUGUCCUGAAAAGUAAGCAAAUUAAUCCUACAGGGACAUGUGAAAUUUGAUUAAAUUGCCAAAGCAGUCUUUAGAAAAGUAAUCUCCACUGCAAAUGUCAACCUUGAUCUGGAAUGUGUUAUUAAAAUCUUGAAAACCCAGACGCUGCACACAAAUCUGGACAUUAAGGAAGGAGCAGACAUAAACCACAAGAUAAUAAGACAGACCCGUCAAGGAAUACAUCAGCAGAGCAAAAAGAAUCCUUAGGACUUCCCUCACUUUGCAUAAUAAAAUGCAAGCUAUAAAUCAAUUUACAAGCCUGGAUGUGUAAAGUAUCAAUUCCUAGUGAAUAUUUCAUAAUAAGAAUAGGGAAGCGA